UGAUCAUUCUUCAUUGCUCACGUAUCUGUUCUCAGCGUAUUUAUUGUGACGACAAUAUUUUAAAGUCUUUACAAGCUUUUACGAAUGAUGUACCAGUUUUUCAACAUAGGCGUUUCUGAGGCAGGGCCCUCUGGAGUCAAGAUCAUUGCUCAAAACAAUUUUUACGACAUGUUGCAAGGCUAUCCCAAUAACGACAUUAACAAAAAAUUGGACUAUGCUGAAUCUUUUUUGUUGGAUUCUUAAAAUUAUUCAGAAGUACAACGAAAAGAAGUUAAACACAAAUUUUCAAAUCUAAGAUCAGAAAUAAAACGUAGAUGGAUUGCCGCACAUUACAUAG